ACUCACCAUUCAUACAAACUCCAUAAAUCAUCACACACAAAACGCAUACGCAUACAUAUUAAAGAACAAACACAAUGGCAUCCGUCGGCACCUCCGGUUCUGCAAACCACUCAUACAAGGCAACAGCCACCUCAGGCUCCGGCGCCUCCAACGUCGGCUCUCGACAAAUCUACGAAGCCGGCGACCAACGCAAUCCUUCUCAAUCCGAGAUUCGGGAGCGAGAGAGAUACAAGGAGGGUCAGUCAGGUAGUCAUUUGGCGAAUGAUUCUAAGGACGAAAGAUCAAUCGCCAACCGUCUGGGACGGGAAGAGCAGCGAUCACGAAAGGAUGAGAGACCGUACGAUCCCGAGGCGGAGUUGAGUAAGAAGGAUCCUACUGCGCCGGUAUGUCGUCUUCUGAAACUAUCUGAUAUGAGAAUACAGCUAACAUGUAAUCCACCAGGCCACACUGCACGGCAACAACCCCUCGAAAGGCGCCCAGAUUGAUGCUGAACUAAAGGCCGAUGAUGAACAGAGACUCCGGGAGAAGAGCGGGAAAUAAUUGAAAUCCAUGUCAUGGGAGCAAUACGAUUAUAGAGCACGAUAAUAAUGAAGAUCAUAUGAUUC